AUUUAUCAGUAUAGGGUCAAAAGGAGAGCUGCCUUCUAAUUAGCGCUUCAACCAAAGUCCAUUGUAAAUUAAGCAUUGCCCUCGAACAACAACAGUACCUUCGAACAUUUAGAUGAAACAAAGAAACAUGUCAGCUUCAUUGGAGCAGGUAAACUAAUUGGCAGUGAAGCGAAUAUUACUUCUGGUGCUCUGUUUCUUUAUGAAGUCUUUCAGGUACUUGCAUGAUUCUUAUUUGCUAGUUGUGAUUGCUUGUUAAUUGAGAAGUAAUCCUAAAGUAAGGUCUCGGACAUCUUUGGAACAGGAAAAAAUGAAGGCCAUUUUACAAAUUGUGCUAGCUUUUGUGACAAUUGGAAAUAUCUGGGCGAAAAGUCAGAAAAAUGUUGUCGAAGUUUGUGGCUUGGAUAUGGUUAAAGGUGCAAAGAAUGAUUGGAAGUCAUUGAGUAAAGUUAAAAAGUCGCAAAGAGAAGACGAAGUGAUGGGAGACGAUGUUGUCCUCACCCCAGAACAGAAACAGGCAAAGUCAAAGAAAGGCAAAGAUGGAUCAAGGAGAACAGUGAGCAGGGGCAACACAGUAUACUGGCCUACUGACCAGCCAAUCUAUUAUAGUCUUGACACUGAUAAUAUGAUAGAUCCUUUGAAAGAAAACAUAGAGAAGGCAAUUGAAGUUAUUGAACAAUACACAUGUAUAAAAUUUACAGAAGUACCGAAAAACGAUCAAAAUAGAUAUCAUAUAAACUUUGUUAGAGCAGGUUCUGCACAAUCAAACAUUGGCAAGACUCAAGGGACUUUUGGAUCAUCUCGAUAUUUUCAGCUAGUCAAGUUGCCAGGGUAUAUGACUGUUGGAGGCAUAAUUCAUGAAAUAAUGCACGCAUUUGGUUUCAUUCACGAACAGGAAAGACCAGACAGAGAUGAGUACAUCGACAUCAAUCGAGGCAAUAUACAACCAGGUAAAGAACCCAAUUUCGCUAAAGAAGAUGACGCAAAUACAUUUGGUGAAGAUUAUGAUUUCAACAGUAUUAUGCACUAUGGAGCAAAUUUUAUGGGUAAAACAGUAAAACAAGUGGGAGAAGAUGGAAAGGACAAAUUUGUGAAGCUCAUCACAAUUGUUGCAAAGGAGGCUUAUGGUGGAGAGGCAAGAGAUAUUGGCUCCAAAGGAAGUUUAACUGACAGUGACAUAAGGCGAUUGAACAAGCUAUUCAUGUGCGCAGAGCCAAAUGCACAACAGAUGCAAGAGGCACAAGUAGUGCUUGAUAGUAGAAAGCCAGAAGAACUCAUCGAGGAAUCUAAAGAGGGCGAUUUCCCCAAAGGACCGUGUGAAAAAGAGAGGCAACUGCAUAAAAACGACUAAAGAGGUUAAAAGAAAAGCACAAACAUAAUUCAAAUUGAAGACUGAAAAACGCUUUUGAUCAACUUACAAAUUGUCAGGGCCUAAGCCACCGGGGAAGUGAAAAAAGCCUUGGCCCUCCACUUUCGUAAGCCUUCGCCCUCCACUUUCAAAUAUGUGGCGUAGUUCCUGGAACUUAUUGAUGCCCUCAAAAUAGCGUGUUUAUAAUUUUAAAGAUGAAUGUACCCUGGGUUAACGACAGUAUAAUGGGUACUUUUUGCACAGAGUGACUCAUUUUUUACCAUAGCUUAUUUGCAAUAGGUAUAAAGUGCUUCAGCAUAAUAAAGAAAGAGUUCAAUAAUUUAUGCAAGUAUUAUCGCUGCUGUCUCUACUUGGAGAUUUCUAACAUCUCUUGAUAAUCAACUGCUUUAAUAGAUAUGUCCCUUUUGGAGACUUUUUGCUGCAAAGUUUUGCUUUGCAUAUCAAAUUAAACUUAUUUUAGCAUAAUUAAUUAUUGUUUUCUUUGUUUCCUUUUCUAAAAUUUUUGUUCUACCUUUCAGUCGACGACCAUACAGUAUAAAGGAUGGAAUAAUUUGCGAUUUCUAAUGUUAUAGACCCACACGCAAUAUAGUAUAAAUAACAAUCAAUUUGAAUGUAAUGUAAAAAGUUAGCUUUAUGUAACCCGGAUAGUAAAUCUACAAUAUCAAUAUAUAAAAUUUUACGUGAAAGCUUGAAUUGUAUAUAUGGAUCAUAAGGAAACGAUUUAUUUUUGGCUUCUUUUCUUAUUCUAAGCAUUUCUGCAAUAUUCUAUGACGGAAUGUAUUUUUUAAAGACAGGCCUAGUUAAAGGCGAGUCUCUGCAACUCCAAUAACUUAAAUGGUGGAGAGCGGAGGUUAGAAACACAAGUUUUGUGAAAAAUUUAAAUACUUCAUGUGACAAAAUUAGAAUUUGGUCACGGACCAGCUCAAAAGUCGCAUGGUUAUGCAUUAAUGGGCAGGAAU